AUGAACUCUUCUGACAAGUAAGAGUCAGUGUGUGUAUUUGGAACAAGAGACUUUGGAAGAUCACUAGGCCAUAAGAUGUUCCAAUGUGGCUACUCUGUGGUCUUUGGAAGCCCAAAUCCUGAGCUGUCCAGUCUGCACCACAAAGAAAUUGAAGUCUUGAGCCAUGCAGAAAUUGCCCAGAGAUCUGAUAUUAUAAUUAUAGCAAUCCAUAUGGAUCAUUAUAAAUUUCUUAGAGAGUUAGCUGAGAAAUUCCAAGGAAAAAUAUUGGUAGACAUCAGCAACAACCUUAAAAUUAAUCAAUAUCCUGAAUUCAAUGCAGAAUAUCUUGCUGAAUUGGUGCCAGGAGCUAGAGUCGUGAAAGCAUUUAAUACAAUCUCAGCCUGGACUUUCCAAUCGGGCAACCUGGAUGCAAGCAGGCAGGCAUUUAUAAAAUCCAACAAGACCAAUCCUUUUCUCACAACUGAUGCCUGGCACAAUGAUUCUGCCUUAUCCCUGGACAUACUGGGAUUUUUUUUAUUUGUCUUGUUGGGAAUCACUUCCUUGACAUCAGUUAGCAACAUGGUCAACUGGAGAGAAUUUCGAUUUGUCCAGUCCAAACUUGGUUACCUGCCACUGGUCUUAUGUACAGCCUACACACUUAUGUUUGGUGGAAAGAAAUUCCUCAAACCUCCGGAACUUAUAUGGCAUCUACCUCCAACCUAUGUGAUAAGCCUCACCACCCCCUUUGUGAUGCUGGUCCUGAAGUUCAUCCUGGUGAUACCAUGUUUUGAUCAGCCCCUUACAUGGAUCCGGCAAGACUGGGAAAGAAACUCCCUCUAG